AUGCCACGACCAAGACAUGAUUGGGGUCAAAUAGUGGGUAACAGAUAUAUUUGGGACCAUCGACAACUUCAAUUUGCAGUAAGGGAAUCUGUGCUCAAUAUGGAUAUUGAGAGAUUGAAUGUCGAACAACGGACGGAGUAUAAUACAAUAGUGGAUUCUGUGAAUAACCGCGAUGGUCGAAUGUUUUUUCUGAAUGGAAGUGCGGGUACGGGAAAAACUUUUUUGUACAACACAAUAGCAAGAAGUUGUCGUAGAUAUGGAAACAUAGUUUUAACUGUUGGUUCAUCGGGUAUUGCUUCAUUACUUCUUGAUGGAGGUCGCACAGCCCAUUCAACUUUUAAGAUACCAUUUAAUGUCCAAGAAGAUAGUAAUAUUGGGAUUAGUAAGGACUCCGAGUACGCCCAACUACUUAAAGAAGUCAGAUUGGUCAUAUGGGAUGAAGUUUCAAUGCAACAUAGAUUUCGCAUGGAGGCGGUUGACCGUCUACUACGAGAUAUUUGUAGUGAUGACAGACAUUUUGGAGGUGUAACAUUUAUUUUGGGUGGAGAUUUUCGACAGACUUUACCGGUGGUCUCGAACGCAGGUCGUGAACAAACUAUCGGGGUGAACCCUAAAGAAGUUGUUAACCUACCAUCGACAAUCAACAAAUGUCAAAACAUGCAUGAGAUGAUAUCUUCAGUGUACCCGCUCCUGGGAAAGGAUGGACCAAUGUCAACAGAACACUUAACCGAGAGAAUUAUUUUAUCUCCACGUAAUGAAGAUGUCCAUAAGAUUAAUCUGGAGGCAUUAGGAAAUUUGCAGGGUGAGGCUUAUACAUAUCUUGCUGCUGAAAAGAUGAUUCGGGAUGACCACGGAAGGGAUUCAAGGUUCACAACCGAAUUUCUCAACAUUUUGAAUCCACCAGGAUCACCUCCAUUUAAGCUAGACAUUAAAGUUGGAUGUCCGGUUAUGUUAUUGAGAAAUCUUACACCAAAAGAAGGUCUGUGUAAUGGUACUAGACUGGUGGUCACGAGGUGUGGAAGAUAUGUGAUUGAAGCUAAAAUCAUAACAGGGGAAAAGGCUGGUGAGAUAGUGUUCAUCCCAAGAAUAACUUUUCAACCUUCACCUUCGGAGCUAGACAUACAAACGGAAAGACGCCAAUUUCCCAUACGUGUUGCAUAUGCAAUGGGACUGGCUAGUUGCAAGCUCUAA